CACUCCUAUUCAAACACGACACCCCACCAAGACACACGGCCGGAAUAUUGCUUCUGAUCCUCUGCGAUAACACAUUUCGAGACUUCUGAUUUUCUCAAAAUCUCCAUCCUUCAGUCACAAUGGCGCAGUCGGGCUACUCAAACCCGCUCAAGAAGUUCAAGCUCGUAUUCCUGGGCGAACAAAGUGUGGGCAAGACGUCUCUAAUUACCCGCUUCAUGUACGACUCGUUCGACAACACCUACCAAGCCACGAUCGGCAUCGACUUUCUAAGCAAGACCAUGUACCUCGAAGAUCGGACCGUCCGCCUGCAGCUCUGGGAUACCGCCGGCCAGGAACGAUUUCGCUCCCUGAUUCCCUCGUACAUUCGCGAUUCUAGCGUAGCCGUGGUUGUAUACGACAUCACAAACAAGAAGACGUUUGAAAACACAAGAAAAUGGGUAGACGAUGUCAGAGGCGAGCGCGGCAACGAUGUCAUUAUUGUGCUCGUGGGCAACAAGACCGACUUGAACGACAAGCGCGAGGUUACAACGGCCCAGGGUGAAGAGGAAGCCAAGAAGAACAACUUGAUGUUUAUCGAGACGAGCGCGAAGGUCGGACACAACGUAAAGGCACUGUUCAAGAGAAUUGCGCAGGCGUUACCGGGCAUGGAGGGCGAAGGCCAACAAGGGCAGAGUCAGAUGAUCGACGUGAACAUCAACCCCAGCCAGCCACCGCAAGAAAACUCGUGCUCAUGUUAA